AUGACUUCCACUGAAUACCCGAACGUUACAGUGACGACUUCUCCGGAAGAUUUAAGAUCUAAGCUGAAACAAUACAUUUUAGAUACUGUGAAACCUAUUCUCGAAUUUAAUGGACUCAUUUCAAUCGGAGUUUCAGGCGGUUCAAUGCCAACAGUGUUGUGUGACGUCUUUCGUUCUUUGGAGAAGUUUGACUGGCAUCGAAUUCGUAUUUUUAUGGUUGACGAGAGAGUUGUUCCUAUCAAUCAUGAAGAUAGUAACUGCCGUCUUUAUCUCGAGAAGUUGCCACAGCAGUUACAUCAGUAUGUAAUUCCGUUGGCUCUCUGUGAUACCUUACCUAGGACUGCUCAACAAUAUGAAACUGCACUCAGGCAACAUAUUAUGCCAGAACUCAUCGGAGGAUUGCCUCGUUUUGAUAUAUUGUUCCUAGGAAUGGGUCCCGACGGGCAUACCUGUAGCUUAUUCCCUGAUCAUCACUUACUCAAGGUUGAUUCAAAACCAUGGGUUCUUUAUAUCGACGAUUCACCAAAACCUCCUCCAGAAAGGGUAACACUUUCUCUUCACUGUCUCAACGCUGCUAAGAAUGUAGCAUUUAUAAUUUCCGGAGAAGAGAAAGCCGAUUUGACUAAGAGUGUUCUCGAUCGUGAUCCUUCUUACCCAGCAUCAUUAGUACAACCGUUGAACAAACAUUUGCGAUUUUUCCUGGAUAAAGGAGCUGCCAAAAAACUCUGA